AUGGGGGCCAAAACAGCCUUGACGCUUGCUCUACGCUCUCCUUCGUUAGUAUCGAGUGUCAUUGCUAUAGAUAACGGGCCCAUUCGUUUGCCCCUAACCGACGACUUUCCACGGUACAUCAGGGGCAUGAGACAUAUCCAGUCCCAGGCUACUCCAGUCUCCUCCUUGUCCGAGGCCGAUGCGCUCCUCUCACAAUUUGAACCAGACCCCGCCAUCCGUCUCUUCCUUCUCACUAAUCUAACAAGGAAAUCGGGCAAGGACCGUUUGCACUUCCGUGUACCGCUGGAUAUACUCUCGUCCUCGUUGGAUGCUCUAGGGGAUUUCCCAUAUACUGACCCUCGGAGAAACCGGUUUGAGAAGCCAGUCUUGAUCGUCAGGGCAACAAGGAGCCAUUACCUGCCGGAUCACUCUAAGGAGCUUAUGCAAAAGUUCUUCCCGAACUUGAAAAUGGUAGACUUCGAUUGUGGGCAUUGGGUCAUCACUGAGAAGCCACAUGAAUUUAGACAGAGUAGGUUUUUGGUAUUUUCCAUGGUACCCCCAAGAGCUUGA